ACCACUGAGCCCGACUGGGCGGCCUCUGCGGGGGCCUGGACGCGGCGACCCCGGCGCGGGCCUGCGGUCGUUGCUCGGGCCUCCGUGGCCAGGCCGACCCCGCCUCCCCCAGCGCCCGGGCCAGCGAGGUCGGACCUCGGGCAUCCGGUGGCGGUGUGCGGCCGAGCGGAGGGCGCUGGUGAGCCAAGGGUGGCGGAGCGCACCGGCCACCUGGCCCUCUGUGGGGCUCAGGGUUGGUUGGUGUGGCUACAGCGCCCUAAGCUGGGCGCGCCAGGGGUGGGGACAGUCUUCCCAGCAUCUGAGGAGGAAGCGCGUUGUCACCUGUACGUGGACAUCCUUUAGGAAGGCAAGCUGACCUCAGGGAGGAGACCCAGAGAACCCUAACUGCAGGGUCUUAGGACUUCCUCCAGGCGUUCCCGGGGAAUCCGGGACUCCAGCCAUGCGGCCACUGGAUCUGCCCCCGAAGAAGCACCCCAAGCCAGGAAGGGAGUCUCCCGGGUUCUCUUUGCGCCCAGUUGGUGACCUCUGACUUGCAUCCCUGACGUCGCUGUGUUGCCGGCAGCCCAGGCAGGAGCUUCUCUCUGGAGGGUAGGGCCAACGUGGGUGACCGCUGGCCAGGCCCGGAUUAUGCCGUCCAAGUCAGCGUGCCUGCGUCACACGGAGGCGCCUGGGCAGCUCCAGGGACAGCUUCCCAACACAGACAAGGACCUUGUCCCAAGCACAGGCUCCCUGCCUGUCACCCACUGUCAAGACCCAGAAAAGAGCCCCAUGCCUCCUCUCAGCAUUCCAGCAAAAACCAGCAACCAGGACUCACGAAAAAUGGCAAAGCCCCUCGCCCCCCAGCCCCCCAUGAGGCCCAGGCUGGAACGAGCACUGUCCCUGGAUGACAAGGGCUGGAGAAGGAGGCGUUUCCAAAGCAGCCAGGAGGACCUAGCAGCCCAGGACGGGGCCAGCCCCUGCAGGAGCUCCAUGCAGGACACCGCCUACGGUCACACCCUGCCCUGCCUGAGCACAUCCUUACAGGAGAUCCCCAAGCUCCCCAGGGCCCCAAGCAGUGAGGGAGGGAGCCCAUCCUUGUGGAGUAACUGUCUCUCUGGGGUGAUGAGCACCUCGCUGGACCUCCUGCACAGGGAGGCUACCCCAGCACGGAGCUCCCCCAGGCUGCCUGGCCUGCGUCACCCACCCUCAGCUUCCCCCAUCGACCUGAAUGUGGCCUCUGACUCCCUGAGGACAGCAAGCAAGGUGGACUCAGAGUAUGCUGACCACAAGCUCCGCAUACAGACCAGGCUUGUCCGAGCCAACAGCAGCCUGGGCCCUGGCCGGUCCCAGAGCCCCCUGGCCUGUGACAACCACUCCCUUCACUCAGCCAAAUCGUCCUUCAGCCUCCUGGCACCCAUCCGCACCAAGGACGUCAGGAGCAGGAGCUAUAUGGAGGGGAGUCUCCUGGCCAGUGGGGCCCUGCUGGGGGCAGAAGAGCUGGCCAGGUACUUCCCAGACCGGAAUGUGGUGCUCUUUGUGGCCACCUGGAACAUGCAGGGCCAGAAGGAGCUCCCACCUAGCCUGGAUGAAUUCCUGCUGCCCACCGAGGCUGACUACACCCAGGACCUGUACGUCAUCGGGGUCCAGGAGGGCUGCUCUGACAGGCGGGAAUGGGAGACGCGCUUGCAGGAGACACUAGGCCCGCGGUACGUGCUGCUGUCCUCGGCCGCCCACGGGGUACUGUACAUGUCCCUGUUCAUCCGCAGAGACCUCAUCUGGUUCUGCUCAGAAGUUGAGUGCUCUACCGUGACCACGCGCAUCGUGUCUCAGAUCAAGACCAAGGGGGCCCUGGGCGUCAGCUUCACCUUCUUUGGCACCUCCUUCCUCUUUAUCACCUCUCACUUCACCUCUGGAGAUGGAAAGGUGACAGAGCGACUGCUGGACUACACCAGGACCAUCCAAGCCCUGGCCCUGCCCAGGAACGUGCCAGACACCAACCCCUACCGCUCCAGUGCAGCGGAUGUCACCACGCGGUUUGAUGAGGUGUUCUGGUUUGGAGACUUCAACUUCCGCCUAAGUGGUGGGCGUGUGGCCGUGGAGGCCAUCCUGAAGAAGGAUGUGGAGGUGGACGUGCAGGCGCUGCUGCGGCACGACCAGCUUACCCGGGAGAUGAAGAAAGGGUCCAUCUUCAAGGGCUUCCAGGAGCCGGACAUCCACUUCCUCCCAUCGUACAAGUUCGACAUCGGAAAGGACACCUACGACAGUACCUCGAAGCAGAGGACCCCCUCCUACACGGAUCGGGUCUUGUACAAAAGCCGCCAAAAAGGUGAUAUCAGCCCCUUGAAGUACUCCUCCUGCCCUGGGAUCAAAACGUCUGACCACCGCCCUGUGUACGGCCUGUUCCGGGUGAAAGUGAAACCAGGACGAGACAACAUUCCACUAGCUGCUGGCAAGUUUGACCGAGAACUGUACUUAAUAGGAAUUAAAAGACGGAUUUCAAAAGAAAUUCAGAAACAGCAAGCGCUGAAGAAUCAGAACUCCAGCACUAUCUGUACUGUUUCCUGAAGCUGUCCAACAGGGAUGUGGCAUGGCAGCAUGGGAGGGCAUUUGACCAGAAGUAGCAGGAAAGACUCAGCUUUUGCUCUCAGGCACUUCUCACCCUUUUUGGGGUCCUGAUGAACUGCUGCUAGGGGCUGUCAUGUUUUCUCACCAAGAAGCCUCCAGGACAGUGGUGGGCUAUGACCACUGUGUCCAGACCGAGGAAGGAAGCCACCUGCGUGUAGCUAGGCAAGCCUGUCCUUUUUUUGUGACACAUCCCCACAGGCACCUACCUGGCAGUGUCACACCUUGUCACAUGCAGCAGCAACAGUAGUCUGCCUCAAACAGCUCCCAUGUUCUGGAGAGGAGCAAUCUCGCUUCCUGCGGCCAGCACUGGCAGCCUCUCCCUCAGCCUCCUAUAUUCAUGUCCCCAUGCUGGAGCCCAAGUGUCUGGCCCCAAGGCCUCCUAGAGGCCCGUCUCCCUCAGAACCCUCCCCACAGGUGUCUGUGGAGGGGUGGGGUCGAUGUCAAGCAUCAGCUGGGGACUCAGAGCACAGCUGCCCUGGGACACGCAGGGGCUGAGGAGCCAUCAGAGGCCGAAGUCAGAUGCUUCAGGGAUGUGCUGGGCUCCCCUCUGCCAGACUGAUAGCUCAGGGGGCCUCAGGAUCCUAAGUCCCGGUCCCAUGGGCUCCCACCACCCCUGCAACUGAGUAAGGACCACCCUGCCUCCCUUCCCCACAGGCCAGGCCUGGCCACGUGAAACUCCUUGUUUUAGGGAUUUCAGACCACUUGCUUUUGCGACACCAGCCACAGAAUGUGGCUGUUAGCAGUGGUGUUUGUUGUCCAACCUAUAUGCUAGGCAUUUCCACUUCCUUCUGGCUUCCUGUCCUUAAAGAGGGCUUAGACCUCGUUGUCACUUUCUGCGUCUUACCCCACCCUUUGAGAAGAAUGUAGCCUUUAAUGUACAGAAAUCUAGGGACUUCCUCACCA